AUAAAGCCACAACAACUUGUAUGUAAAAAAAAAACAAAAAACCAACAGAGGAAAAACCCCUAACUUCCAAAAAUUUUGAGCACCAUUAUCACAACUAAAAAAACUACAACAACAACAACUACCAUUAGCAUCACAAUUAACCACAAUCAUAAACCAAUAGAGCACCACCAUGAGUGAUUCAACAAUGAACAAAUUCGCCAAAUUGGCACCUCUGCCACGGACACCUUUGCUGACCAUUUGGCUGGCGAUCAACAUGGCCCUGAUCGCCCAGGAGACGGUCAACAAACGGUUUCACACAGUACAAGCAGCAACUGGCGGCGGCAGCAUGUUGGGUGACGUAAACAUAUCCGCUAUACUCGACUCCUUUAGUGUUAGUUACGACAAAAGAGUAAGACCCAAUUAUGGUGGACCUCCUGUUGAAGUCGGAGUCACCAUGUAUGUGCUAUCGAUCAGCUCGCUCUCAGAAGUGAAAAUGGACUUUACAUUGGAUUUUUACUUUCGUCAAUUUUGGACCGAUCCUCGUUUAGCGUAUAGAAAACGACCUGGUGUAGAAACACUGUCGGUUGGAUCAGAGUUCAUUAAGAAUAUUUGGGUACCUGACACCUUUUUUGUAAAUGAAAAACAAUCAUAUUUUCACAUUGCAACAACCAGUAAUGAAUUCAUACGUGUGCAUCAUUCUGGAUCGAUAACAAGAAGUAUUAGAUUGACUAUUACCGCAUCGUGUCCGAUGAAUCUACAAUAUUUCCCAAUGGAUCGACAACUUUGUCACAUUGAAAUUGAAAGCUUCGGUUACACGAUGCGAGAUAUCCGUUAUUUCUGGAGAGAUGGACUGAGUAGUGUUGGCAUGAGCAGUGAGGUCGAACUCCCGCAGUUCCGUGUUUUGGGACACAGGCAGAGGGCGACCGAAAUAAACCUAACCACAGGCAAUUAUUCGCGUUUAGCCUGCGAAAUACAAUUCGUGCGUUCGAUGGGCUAUUAUCUUAUACAAAUCUAUAUACCCUCUGGACUGAUCGUUAUUAUAUCAUGGGUAUCAUUUUGGCUCAAUCGCAAUGCAACGCCGGCGCGUGUGGCGCUCGGUGUGACAACCGUGUUGACAAUGACCACUUUGAUGUCGUCAACAAAUGCAGCGCUGCCAAAGAUUUCGUACGUCAAAUCGAUUGACGUCUAUCUGGGAACAUGCUUCGUUAUGGUCUUUGCCAGUCUACUGGAAUACGCCACCGUCGGCUAUAUGGCAAAACGAAUUCAAAUGCGAAAACAAAGAUUUAUGGCGAUCCAAAAGAUAGCUGAACAGAAAAAGCAACAGCUAGAUGGGGCCCAGCAGCAGGCCCAGCAGCAGCAGCAGGCCAAUCCAAAUCCGAAUGCCACAAUGGGAAUCGGAGGCGGUGGCGGUGGCGGCGGAAUGGGCAUCGGUGGGCCUGAGCAUGGGCAUGGGCAUGGACAUCAUGCCCACAGCCAUGGUCAUCCACAUGCGCCCAAACAAACAGUGAGUAACCGCCCAAUCGGCUUUUCAAAUAUCCAACAAAACGUUGGUACGCGCGGUUGCUCGAUAGUGGGACCCUUGUUCCAGGAGGUGAGAUUCAAGGUCCAUGAUCCCAAAGCCCAUUCCAAGGGUGGCACCCUAGAGAAUACGGUCAAUGGCGGUCGUGGUGGACAGCAAUCGCAUGGUCCUGGCCCCCAGCCGGGUGGCGGCGGUGGUCCUGGCGGUGGCGGUGGCGGCGGUGGUGGCGGUCCGCCAGAUGGUGGUGGCGACCCAGAGGCAGCAGUCCCAGCCCAUUUACUGCAUCCGGGUAAAGUAAAAAAGGAUAUCAACAAACUACUGGGUAUUACUCCCUCGGAUAUUGAUAAAUAUUCGCGCAUUGUUUUUCCCGUAUGCUUUGUCUGCUUCAAUCUGAUGUACUGGAUCAUCUAUCUUCAUGUUAGCGACGUGGUCGCUGACGAUCUGGUGUUACUUGGCGAGGAAUAAGCAUUCAAUCGUGCUCCCCCACAACCCCCUACUAAAAAAACAAAACCAAAAACAAAAAGGAUACACUCAAACACACACACAAACACAAAACAAACCGAGGAGGAUGAGAGUGAACAGCGCACAAGAGAGUCAAACUGUGCAAAGCGCUGAAAAACAAAACCAAACAAAAUAUACAAAAAAAAACACGAAAAUUAAUUUUAACUAGCAUUAUGAGCAGACAAAUGCAACAAAUUAUUAUUAUAAUUUAAUACCAAAAACCAAAAAAAAAAAAAAUUAAAAAAAUUAAAAAAAAUAAGGACACACAUAUUACCAGGUCGAAAGCAAA